AUGACGCUCAAGUCGGUCCCCACAAUCGCCCAGGUCGUCCCCGGCGCCUACGUCAACAUCGUCCUCAAGCAGGACCAGCCGACCGGCCGCACCGUGCAGGGCAUGGUGCAGAACGUCCUGACACGCGGCAACCAUCCGCGGGGGAUCAAGGUGCGGCUCAGCGACGGCCGGGUCGGGCGGGUGCAGACGAUGGCGGGGGCUGGUGGAAGCGGGGACGGCGGUCACGGUGGCGCAUCCAUGGUCACCGCACCCGCAUAUGUAUCAGCGGCGUCCGCGUUUGGGGCAUCUGCAUUCGGGGCCUCCGGUUUUGAUACUACCGCCGCUGCCGCCGACGUCGAUGGGGCACCGCGCGAGCAGAUUGGCCUGGACGCAUACGUACGCCCAGCGAAGAAGCAGCAUAAACGGCGAGGCGGCAACAGGGCAGGAACGGGGCCAGGAACGGCAGACACAGACAGCCCGACGACAGCAGCAACGGCAACUGUGACGGCACCGGCUGUGGCGACGACGAAAUGCCCAGUGUGCAACGACUUUGAAGGCGACGAGGCGGCCGUCUCACACCACGUGUCCAGCCACUUUGACUGA